UUGAAUGUAGGAGAAGGAGGUGGAUAUGGAGAUGAGUUGCGGGCUGUGCCUGGUGUAAUUCGAGUUGCAGCUGCUUCCCGUCUCAUUAGCCGGGGCCACCGUCACGUAGGGGACACAGAGCCUGGAGGAGGAAGCCGGGGGUGCAGAAUGAGUCUACUUAUGAUAAGCGAGAAUGUGAAACUGGCACGUGAAUAUGCUCUUCUGGGCAACUACGAUUCUGCCAUGGUUUACUAUCAGGGUGUAUUGGACCAGAUGAGCAAAUAUUUGUAUGUUAAGGACACCUUUCUACAGCAGAAAUGGCAACAGGUUUGGCAAGAGAUCAGUGUGGAAGCUAAGCAUGUGAAGGACAUAAUGUCUACUCUGGAAAGUUUCAAGCUUGACAGCUCUCCACUGAAAGCAGCACACCAUGAUUUACCUUCCCAGGAUGGAGAAGUUUGGUCUUUACCAGUACCAGCUGAGCGUAGACCGUCACCAGGGCCAAGGAAAAGACCAUCUUGCCAGUUCAGUGAAAAUCGGGUAUAUAACAAUCGCAUAAGUGUUGCUGGCAGGGGCCCAAACCCUCCUUCAAAAAAUAAUCAGAAAGCAAAGCCUGCUCGUGCCAAGGAGAAGAAAGAUCAAGUAAACAGACUGAAAAACAAAUCUGAUGUUUCUGAGAAUGAGCAAAAGAGAUUUGAUGGUACUGGGUAUGAUAAAGAUUUAGUAGAAGCUCUUGAAAGGGACAUCAUUUCACAGAAUCCCAAUAUUCGAUGGGAUGAUAUUGCAGACUUGGAAGAAGCCAAGAAAUUGUUGAAGGAAGCUGUAGUACUUCCAAUGUGGAUGCCAGAGUUCUUCAAGGGAAUCAGAAGACCGUGGAAGGGUGUACUAAUGGUCGGUCCACCUGGAACAGGAAAAACACUUUUAGCUAAAGCUGUUGCAACAGAGUGCAAGACUACAUUCUUCAACAUUUCCUCUUCAACUCUCACAUCUAAGUACAGAGGGGAAUCUGAGAAGCUUGUUCGCCUUCUGUUUGAAAUGGCCAGAUUCUAUGCCCCAACAACCAUAUUUAUUGAUGAGAUUGACUCAAUUUGCAGCCGCAGAGGCACCUCAGAAGAGCAUGAAGCCAGCAGGAGAGUUAAAGCAGAGCUUUUGGUGCAGAUGGAUGGUGUAGGCGGUGCAUCUGAGAGUGAGGACCCAUCUAAAAUGGUAAUGGUUCUAGCAGCUACCAACUUUCCGUGGGAUAUUGAUGAAGCUUUGAGAAGACGUUUGGAGAAAAGGAUUUACAUUCCAUUACCCUCAGCUACAGGAAGAGAGGAGCUCCUGCGAAUAAACCUUAAAGAGCUGGAGCUUGCAGAUGAUGUUGAUGUUGCAAGUAUAGCACAUAACAUGGAGGGUUACUCAGGUGCAGAUAUAACUAAUGUGUGCAGAGACGCUUCUUUGAUGGCAAUGAGAAGACGUAUUGAAGGGCUUACUCCAGAAGAAAUUCGAAAUCUUUCAAAAGAUGACAUGCACAUGCCUACCACAAUGGAAGAUUUUGAAGUGGCUUUAAAGAAAGUGUCUAAAUCAGUAUCUGCAUCAGAUAUUGAAAAGUAUGAAAAGUGGAUAGCAGAAUUUGGUUCUUGUUGA